UCCAGGAGUUUGGAAGCAACAAGGGCUGCUGCAGCCAUGCAGGAGAAGGCAAAGGCAGGGGGAUUCUGGGUGCUGCUGUUCUGGGCCCUGAUUGGGGGAUGCUGGGCCAAGGAGCCUCCGGAGGAGGCUUAUCGGAGGAAGGUGUCUCUGGAAUACAAUCCCGGCCGGAAUAGCUCCGAUGUGAACCUCCUCCACAUCCGUGCCAUCGGCCAGAACGACACCAUCCACUACAUCUGGAGCACCAUUGGGGCGCCCACGGUUGUGUUGGCCUACACAGGGAGUGACAACAGCACCCUCCACGUCAACUGGACCAAGCUCCUUUCACCGUCGCCCGCUGGCGCCAUCCGGAUCGAUCCACCGGAGAGCCUCUUAUAUUCCACAGCUGUUGUGUUUGCCAAGGUGUUUGAGUACAACGGCACCAACACGUCGGAUCUCUCCAAAGCGCUGGCGGCGGACUUCUAUCCCACCUACGAUUUGGGCAACUUCACCUGGGACAGCCUCGACGGAAAGGUGAACAAGACUGGGAGGACGGCAACGUUUCGGGGGGUCAGUGCAGAUCACGGAGGAGCCUUCUGGAACGGAAGCAUCUCCUUCCAGGUGACGGCUUUCGAAGCCAGCAACCGGGACGCUCCUCUCCCGCGCCUCCUGCACACCGCCAACAGCACCAAAGUGGAGUUCGUCAUGCGCGGGGUGGCUCCGCGGGGAAACUGUUCCCGCUUUGCUCUGGAGAUCGUCACCGUCGAAGACCGGCGCGGACACAAGCAGCUGCAGUCCCUCCGCUCCAUCGAUGACGAAUAUACUCCGACCAUAUUCGAGAUGGCGCAGCUGGUUUCUCUGCCCCGCAACAACAGCGUUGGGUCCAGCUUUCUCCAGUGGAAGACGGCGGCUUAUGCCUCCCAGGAUGCCCAGCGGUCAGACACAGUCCACUGCCAGUAUUAUCCACUACAGACGGUCAAUUGCACCGCACCGGGGCUUAGCAUCAUCCACGCUUUUUUUGGCGAGGCGCUGGAGAGGCACUAUGGCGUGGCCGCGAUCAAUAUUUCCUUCGGCAGCGAGGACAGCGAGGCUUACGCUGAAAAGGGCUACUUGAGCUGGUCUGCGCUGAUCGGCUACGGAGAGCCCCCCAAAGACUCCUUCUCCACAAUGGUGAUCGCCAUCCUUGCGGUGGCGCUGGGGACUCCAUUGGUGCUUUUGGUCGCAGGCGGCAUCACGGUUUGUGUGGCCCAGAAGAGGCAAUAUUCGGAAUACGAACCAAUCAACUGAAAACCCUUAAACCGGAGCGGGGCAACAACUGACUCUUGCACAACCAAAUGGGCCAAAGAUGCCUAUUGCACUGUUCUUAGACUACUCUUUGCUGCUUGAUUCUCUGUGAAAUUGGAGAUCUGGUUGACGGCUUUAAUUCCUUUGUGGGUUCGGGGGUCCUUUCGUGGCUGGUGAGGUUACGCUUGGAAAGUCUGGGGUGCCUUCAGGGUCCCCAAAAUGUUUUUGGAUAGCUUUGGCCCUAAAAGGAGAUGCGGGUGCCACCAUUAUGCGCUGCUUCUGGGCUCUUUUAGGCGGAAGAGAGGCUUUUUAUUUCCCUCCGCAACAGUAAGUGAACAAGGAUUUGACUUCCACUUAAUGUCCAUUUCUUCUCCUUUGUUGGGGAGGGGAAAAAGUCUCUCUUGGGAUUGAAAUAACCCGAAAAGGUGACAAAAUUGACCUUCGAUCUCCUAUGUCUUAUUGAUGGAUGGAUUGAUUGAUUGGAUUGAUUUCCAGGAGUCCUUUGAGCUGAAAAGGGAGGAGAAGCAUCCCUCUAAAGCUGCUUCUUUCUGCUCUUUGGAGAAGAGGAUAUUAGUAUUUUGUUUUUCUGGUGUUUUAAUGGUGUUUUAAUGGCAUAAGCGGCACAGGAUCAUUCUCAUCCUUUAAUUCGGGACUCCUGUGACGCGCGAACGGUUUUUCAAUCCCCUUCGGUUUACAAUCGUUCCUCUCCAAAGGGGAUGCUGGGAUUUGUCUUUCUCUUUCCUUGCAACUUGCCGUGUUGCAAGAGAAAAAGCAAUAGUCUCUUGAGCAAGCCUGGUAUUAUGUUCUGGCCGUGGAGAAAACUCAGGGAAAGCUCUGUUUUGGGGCCUUCGUUUCUCAUUUCUGUUGUGCGUCUUUGGUGUGGCUUUUCUUAUAUGCAUAUCUGGGGUUUCUCUUGCUUUGGGGGAGUCUCUCUAUGAAGAGGAAGGGAAAGAAAUGGCACGGUUCUCCAUACAGUGCAGACUUUUCCCUCCCAAAUAUUCUGGGUUUGUUCUUUAAAUUCUUCUCUGAAUCAUAACCUGUUGAUUUGAUCGGUUGCGAAAAACAGUUGACCAAUGCUCUGAAACAUUUGCUUCAGUCGAAAGGGCAAACCACUUAGUUGCGUUGUUUACAGGCUAAUGGUAAAAGCCCCUAAAACAAAUAGAUAUAUAUGUUUUAAAUUGCACUAUCGAUUGUAAAGGAAUGCACCUUUCUUGUAUAAAAGUGAAUUCGUUUCUUGGGUGCCAGGAGCAUAGCAGCCGAAAGACUGGAGGCCAAGACUCUGUUGAGUAUAAGAAGUAACCUCUCUUGGUCUGAUCCCCCCAAACCAGAUGGAAGCACCAUUUGCCCAUGCGCCAACCAUCGAUGGAAGGGAUCUCCUUCUGCCCUUGCAGGUGCCCAGCGAAGUCGGCUGAGAAAGGGACUUACAACCAGGAAAAUAGUGUCACGAUUAUGGCUAGCGAUCGUGAAUGUGCAACAGGUAGGGAUGGGUAAACCUAGAUAACCCAAACAUAGUUAGGGUCGCCACUCAGCCACCUUGUGGCACUGUUUCCAUGAUGGUGAUGCCAACUUUAGCAGGCAUUGGCUUCAUGUGCAGAAGGAAAUCUGUGUUUCUGGUGCUCGGCGCAUGGUACGUUUUGGUAAGGUUUGGGUGGAUGGGACCAGGAGAAGUUCCUUACUGAAGUAUAUUUAACUUGGGUAGCUGAUACAGAGUAUUGCUGGUGCCAGGGCUCCAGGCAAGGCGCAUGGACGCAUUGGAGGACCAAACAGCCUUUGGCUCGGUUCUCACAUCCUCCAAAGCUUGGGUCCAUCUUUGCCAUGGGUCACCAUUUCCCCCACAAACUGGGACCAGUGAUAAAGUUCUCACUUGUUAUGCACCAGGGAGGUUUUAAACUGGUAACGUUUCACUGGCAGCCGGUUUGGACUGCUGCCUUUUUGUGUUUACUUCUCCGCAUGGUGUAGUGUCAUGCGCCAAAGGGAUGUUAUCGACUUGUUGAACGUAUCUGUUUUUUGGGGUGGGGACUUUAUGGGUAUCCCCCCAAAAAAGUUUCUCUCUUAUGGACCCAUUAAAGAACAUAAUUAUUUUGGAAA